AUGAGGUCCGGCAUCCUACAGGCGAAUCUGGGCCGUGGCCACGGGACGCAGGACUUAUUCCUGCAUACCCUCGCGGAGCGCGGCCUAGAGUUGGGAAUCGUGGCGGAGCCGUACCGGGUGCCCGAGGGAUACCCGUGUUGGGCCUCGAACCGGGAUGGCUCCGUCGCGAUCGUCUGGUGGAUGGCGGGCGCGCUCGAGCGUGGUGCUGGUGGCGGGUACUUCAACGCCUGGUCCGGUCGUUGGGGCUCCCCCCGAACGAACGCCAGGGGAACGCUCGUGGAGGAGUGGGCCGAUGGGUUGGGGCUCUACUUCGCCAACGUCGGGAACACAUUUACAUUUGAGACCCGCCGGGGUGGCUCGAUCGUCGACUUGACGUGGGCCACACCGGCGGUAUCGCGGGGGAUUCGGGGCUGGAGGGUGCUGGCCGAUGAGUCCCUAUCGGAACAUCGGUACAUUGCCUUCAGCCUUGGACCGGUUGGCGGGGCUGAGCCCGGUCCCCGUGAGCGGGGGUCCCGGCCCAAAGGAUGGGUAGUGAGGAAAAUGGACGUGGACCAAUUCAUGGUCCACGAUACGGAAAACAUUACACCAAGUCAAACGCCAACAGCGGCAGCGAGGAAGAUACUACCUGACACAAUCCUCGAAAUAUCAGCGGAACACCAAGGCGAGACCAGCAAUCCAGUAACAGCGUCAGAAACGCAAGACAACCCGCAACCCAAAUGA